AGCGUAUGUGGCAUCCCGCAGUGCGCAGCCAUCUGUCGACAUUGUCAAAUAAUACCCAAAACACUCCACAAGCCCAAAUGGCAACUCGACAGUCGGCCAAGACGACCUUCGAGGUCAGCAAUGUCAUACAGCCCAUAUACACGGGCGGUUCUGUUGCGCUACACAAUGGCGCAAGGAUCCUCGCCUCGACGCUGGGCGAGGCCGCCGUGCUCACCGAGUUGACGUCCGGCAGGCGGCUUAUCGAGAUCGAAGGUGAUGGCGAGCCAAUCUCAACCCUGACAAUCACCCCCUCAGCCUCCCACCUGAUUGUCUGCUCGCGCUCCCUGACGAUGCGCAUCUACUCCCUGGCAAUCUCCCCAGAGUUCGACACGGUCGAGGCAACCCUCGUGCGGACCUCGAAGCCUCACGCUACACCCGUCGUGGUGCUCGCCGUUGAUAAGACAAGCACCCUCCUUGCUACCGGCGCUGCAGAUGGCGCCAUCAAGAUCUGGGACAUCAUUGGCGGCUACGUCACCCAUACGGUCAGCGGCCCGAGCGUUCUUGUCUCUGCCCUGCAUUUCUUCGAGCUGGCUGCAACUGCCCAGAGCGCCAAAGCCAAAUCCGGCCGCAAGGCGACAAGGAACGCGAGAAAGGGGCAGGCUGAGGAGAGCCAGGCCCAAAAUGACGACUCUGCCGACUCCAGGUUCCGACUUGCGUAUGGUACACAGGACGGCAAACUACGCGUGUUUGACCUCCGCAAGCGCACCACAUAUUCUGUCUUUUCGGACUCAAAGAGGAGAAAAGAGGCACACGACUCUAAUAUCCAGAGUAUAGACUACUCGCCGGACCAGCACACCCUUCUCAGCGGCAGCAGAGACAAGACGAUGACAUUGUGGCUAUGGAAGGACGAAGAGUGGCAGGGGACACCCAUGUUGCGCCACGAGUCUGUCGAGGCGGUGGGAUUUCUCGAUGGCGGCAAGUUGAUGUACUCGGCCGGGACGAGCGGUCUCCUGAGGCUAUGGGACACCUCUACGCACCAGGAGAUUACCCAGGAACAGGAACCCAGGUCAGAAGGCGAGGAAAUCGUGUCAGCAAUCUACCUUGCGCACAAGUCUCUCGUUCUUUGCGCCCAGGCCGAUUUUACGCUCGCCUUUUACCGGAUACCCUCCUCGGCAGACGCCAACCAACAGUCGGGAGUUCUCAUGGAGCCCUUCAGGCGGAUCUCUGGAACUCACGAUGAAAUCUUAGAUCUGGUUUAUCUCCUUCCCGACCAGUCCUUGAUGGCCCUCGCUACAAACUCAGAGGACGUGAGGCUCGUUUCCGUAGCCGACGCGCAGCCUGCGGCUAGCACAGAAGACGACACUGCCUAUUUCGGGCAUGACGCCGCGUUGUUGAAGGGCCACGAGGAUAUAGUAAUGUCCUUGGAUGUCGACUGGUCUGGUCACUGGAUCGCGAGCGGUGCAAAAGACAACAGUGCGCGACUCUGGCGUAUCGAUGCGGCAAAUAAUUCCUACACCUGCUAUGCCGUCUUUACCGGCCAUUUGGAGUCGGUCGGAGCCGUUGCCCUUCCCAAGACUGUGCCACAGGAAAGUUCGGAUGCAUUCAAAAACCCCCUUGAUCACCCGCCGGCUUUCCUUAUAACCGGCUCUCAGGAUCGGUUUGUUCAGAAGCGCGAUAUUCCGCGGCAGUCGCAAACGACGGGCAUAUCUUCGUCGAGUCUCCGCCGGUUAGCCCACGAAAAGGAUAUCAACGCCCUGGACGUUAGCCCUUCGGGCCGCCUAUUUGCUUCGGCGUCUCAGGACAAGACAGUCAAAAUCUGGGAUGUAGAGCUGCUUGAGGUUCAAGGUAUUCUCAAGGGGCACCGCAGAGGCGUGUGGACUGUUCGAUUUGCUCCUCUAAACACGCCUUCGAUCCAGGGCGAACAGGGUUCAGUGUCUGGGAAAGGGGUCAUUCUUACUGGAAGCGGCGACAAGACCAUCAAGCUAUGGAACCUCUCAGACUACACAUGUCUGAGGACAUUUGAGGGACACUCGCACAACGUCCUCAAGGUGGUGUGGCUGAAUCUACCCGGCGACGACAACUCGUCAAAGAGACCAGUUGAGUUUGCCAGUGCUGGAGCCGAUAGCUUGGUCAAAGUAUGGGAUGCGAACCUUGGGGAAACAGAAUGCACGCUGGACAACCACGAGGACAGGCUGUGGACGCUAGCCAUCCACCCGAGAACGAAUACAAUUGUGUCGGGCGGUAGCGAUUCGAAGAUCACAUUCUGGAAGGACACGACGUCGGAAACCCAGGCGGCGGUUUCGCAGGCAGCCCUGAAGCUGGUCGAGCAAGAACAGGAGAUCGAGAACUACAUUCACGCUGGAGCCUACCGUGACGCGAUUGUGCUUGCACUUCAGCUCAACCACCCCGGCCGGCUUCUCAGCCUCUUUACGAGCGUUGUGACAUCCAACGCGCCAGAAGAGGGCAGCCUGUGUGGAGUGAGAGCGGUGGACCAAGUGCUUGCUUCACUCUCGGACGAGCAGAUAUUCAUGCUCCUGCUCAGGCUGCGGGACUGGAACACCAAUGCAAGGACAGCACCUGUGGCCCAGAGGAUCCUGUGGACCCUAGUGAGGAGCCACCCAGCCUCGAAAUUCUCGAAUCUUUCUGUCAAGGGCGCAAAGGGCCAACGUAGUCUGAAAGAAGUUCUCAACGCGCUGAAGGUGUAUACAGAGCGGCACUAUAAGCGCAUGGACGAAUUGGUGGAUGAGAGUUACUUGGUCGAGUACACGCUUCAGGAGAUGGACAGCCUGGCCCCGUCUCUAGAUCAGGAUUUUAUUAUGGGGGAGGCCCAGUAAUAGAGAAUACGCCAGCCUUGCCAGAUGGCACAACCAAGUAGUGUAUUAGUAAUACCAGCUGUUGCGCGUUUGCAUCGCAA